AUGCCCGCUGAACGUGUCACCCUCCAGGUCGUCCUCUUUGAUGGCAAGGAAGCCUUACACUUCCAGGAAGGGACCAAUACCGACUCCUUGUACGGUGCAAGGUCUUCGACGGCGAGCAAGCCUUCCUGGAAUGGACUGAAGCCAUCUCCUUGUACGGGCCCUGGCUGCGAAAUGGCCCGAGCCGUUGCGGACACCAACGGCAACAAUGAAGUGUAUGUGGAAAAUUAA